AUGUUUUUUUACUCCAUCAAUAUAAGCGUUGUGGUCGAGGAGAAGUCCUGGGAAGAGGCUCUGGAGCACUGCAGAGGGAUCAACAGUGACCUGAGCAGCCUCCACUCUGACACAGACAACAUGGCAGCCCCCAUCACGGAUCGGGCGUGGAUCGGUCUGCGCUUCCUGGGGGACCGCUGGCUGUGGGUGAACGGUGACCCUCUGGAGUACCAGGCCUGGUCCGACGGAGGGGACCAGCAGUGUCCAAUGCAGAACCGCUGUGGGGCUUUAAACAAAGGCGGGCUGUGGGAGAACAGGGACUGCGAGGAGAGACUCAACUUCAUCUGCUCCUCAUAUGUCUGA